GAGGACUACCAGAUGCUGGAGGAGCUCGGGAGUGGCUCUUUCGGUACCGUCUAUCGCGCUCUGCACAAGCCCACGGGCGACUAUGUUGCCAUCAAGCAUAUCGACCUCGAAGGUAGCGACGACGACAUUCGCGAGAUCCAGCAAGAGAUAUCAUUGCUCGCCACAUGCAGCUCAGAAUAUGUUACGCGAUAUCGGACUUCGUUUGUGCGAGGUGUCAAGCUCUGGAUAGUGAUGGAGUACCUCGGCGGCGGCUCAUGUCUGGACUUGCUCAAGCCAUGUCCAAAGGGACUCGAGGAGAAGUACAUCGCCAUCGUCAUGAGGGAGUUGUUGAAAGGUCUGGACUAUUUGCACAGCACGGGCAAGAUACAUCGCGAUAUCAAGGCCGCCAACAUCCUGCUUGCAGAAUCAGGCCGGGUCAAGAUAGCAGACUUCGGUGUUGCAGCACAACUCACCAACAUCAAAUCACAACGAUUGACAUUUGUUGGAACGCCCUUUUGGAUGGCACCAGAGGUCAUCCAGGAGGCGGGAUACGACUUCAAGGCAGACAUGUGGAGUCUGGGCAUCACUGCCAUGGAGAUGGCGCUUGGAGAGCCUCCGAGGAGUGAUGUGCAUCCGAUGAAGGUCCUCUUCUUGAUUCCCAAGGAACGUCCUCCCCGCCUCGAAGGCAGUCGCUUCUCCAAAGAGUUCAAAGAGUUUGUCGCGCUCUGCUUGAACAAGGACCCUGAGAAGCGGCCAAGUGCAAAGUCACUCCUCAAGCAUGCCUGGAUUCGACGCGCAGGAAAGACAGAGACAUUGCAAGAGUUGGUGCAAAAAGUGAAGAAUUACGACGAGGGCGGUCUUGCACGAGAGAAGGACAUCAGGUACUAUGAAGAGACAUUGCGAUCGAUGAACCAUGCACCAGACAACGACGAGUGGGUGUUUGACACGAUCAAACCGACUGCUAGUAUCAGGCCAAAGGCAUCGCAGACACCCACGAUGAAGAGACGAAAGCUCGAGCGGAUACCGUCUGGAGACGCAUCCGACGUUGAGAAUGCGACAUCUGCUAUGGAGCAUAUGAGCUUGAGCAAUGCGCCUCUCAGUGCUUCGGUCAGAACUCCGACAAGGGAAGCAUCAACUAUCCAUACGCCGAAGCUACGCGCAUCCAAUGUUGGCAGCCGAAGUGUUUCCGGUGCAACGCCGACUGCACGCAAGGUCAGCCAACAGCAGCCCAGACAGCCUCUGGCGCUCGACAUGUGCUUCGGCAACGGCACAUCAACGGUGCGACAAUUCAAGCGCGUCAGCUCAGGCAAUCGACCCUCGACGCCUCCUGAGCAGACAGGUACAUCCCCUCAAGACAGCGUGUUUGACAGUGACGCUGAGAACAAGCCUCCUGUUGUGGAGCCCGCUGAGCAGCAACCAGUAGUUGCGACGAAGGAAGCCGUGCUUGGGCGGCGAGCAUUUGCAAAAUGUCUAGAUCCUGCUUUCCAGGAGACGUUUGCAGGCACCGCAGACCGCACUCGCCGGGAGGCAUUGAGCAAUGUUGUCGAGGCCUGGUCGAGACUGGAUGAGGUGGAUCCCCAGGGCGAGCUGCUUCUGCUUAAGAGCAUUGUCGAUCGCAUCCAAGCAGAUCCAAAGCUCGCCAGUGCUCUCAUGCCUCAACGGGUUGCCAAUGCUCAACUGGCCUCGCUGCGAAUGUCGCCGUCCAAGAAGUCGAUGAAUGUUUCAGAGACAGAAGUCAGCCGGGACCUUACACCACAAUCGUCGCCGCUGAAAUCAAGGCAGUCGACAGAUGCUCUAUCAAGCUCGACGAGGUCUCCCAACAAACGGGAGAGUAGUCCGACCAAGCUCGUAAUGGCGUCGCAGAACCCGCAUCUCAAGAAGAUGCGGUCAAGCCAGCAGCUGCAAAUCGAUCGCGAGAAAGCCGCCUUAGAUGAGAAGGCCAGAUUGGAAGAGAAGAUGCCGGGAAAUAGGACUGAACCAGGCAUGGAGCAUAUCGGCCUCUUGGAGAAUGUCAUAUAUGGUCGCUGGGUCGAUGGCCUUCGAUCGAAAUGGCCUUUGGCAUAGCUUGCUUGACACGACACGAUUACGGCUGACUUGCGCGUGCAAACAUAAAGGCUAGAUGAGACACCCUGCAUCGGAACGUAAGGCGCACUCGAAUUCUUGUACAUUAAUUGUUGCAUACGC